ACAAAAUGCCGGCUGCACAUCAUUUCUAAAUUUACUGCAAAUACUCGUGAUUUUUGGCUCUUUCCUCAUCAAUUCAUGAUGCUGUUGUCAUCGUUGGUCUCUUUGGCCCUCCUUGCAUCAGUCUCAGCUGGACCUCUGUUGUUCCAGCCGCAUCAUCAGCUCCCGCCAUCAUUAUCAAAACAGAUGUGCAAGUCUGGACUAGAGUGCCAAAACGAUGACACGUGCUGUGAGGUGAAAACUGGAGGAUGGAGUUGCUGUCCUUUCAAGAAUGCUACUUGCUGUAAAGAUAAGCAGCAUUGCUGCCCAGGGGGUACUCACUGUAAUCUUACAUCACAGCACUGCGAGAAGCCAAAUCAAGUUUAUCCAAUUCGCCUGACAUCACUGUCAAAGGAUUCCAAGGUAGAGAGCGUUGUUUGCCUGGACAAGAAGUCAGAUUGCCCUGACGGUAACACGUGCUGCAAACUCGCAUCUGGCGAUUAUGGUUGCUGUCCCCUGCCUGAUGCCAUGUGCUGCUCUGAUAACGUCCACUGCUGCCCGCAGGGUUACACUUGUGAUGUUCAGUCAGGUUCUUGCAACAAAGGUUUAAUUUCUGUGAAAUGGGUGAAGAAGAUACAAGCCAAAGCAAAGGAUGUUAGAUGUCUUGAGGGAAAGUGUCCGGACAAUAACACUUGUUGCCAGCAAGGCUCUCGGCUAUACGGUUGUUGCCCGUUUCCAAAUGCCGUAUGUUGUUCUGACCGCCGCCAUUGUUGUCCUGAAGGAUUCACGUGUCAUCAGUCGCUAGGCACUUGUACUGACGGCUCUUAUCACAUCCCUUGGAGAAAUGAGACUAAACCGGUAAUGAGCAUUACCUGCCCAGAUGGCUUGACCUCUUGUCCAGGCGAUUACUCGUGCUGUAAACUAGCCUCCAGCCAAUACAGCUGCUGCCCACUUCCAAAUGCCACAUGCUGUUCUGACGGCGUCCAUUGCUGCCCUGACGGUUACAAGUGUCAUCCAUCAAAUGCAACUUGCUCAAAGAAUAUGAUGCCGAUUCCGAUGACGGAAAUUGUUCAACACAAAAUCAUCUGUCCAGAUGGUACUAACUGUUCAUUUGGGGCUACCUGCUGCCAGGUUGGGGAAUAUGAUUACAUAUGCUGUCCUGAAGGUCACAGUUGCUAUGACCAAGAGUGCCAAAAAUAUGAGUCACAAUCGACACUUCCCAUAGUUGUUAUACGAAGGACUGAUACCAUUGUGAAGGGAGUGCACUGUCCGGAUGGAAAGCAGGUGUGCCCCGAUGAUACAACAUGUUGCCAGAUGUCGACUGGAGCAUAUGGAUGUUGUCCAAUGCCCAAUGCAAACUGUUGCCCGGACCACAUUCACUGCUGCCCCCAUGAGCAGAAAUGCGACAUCAAGUCGGGUGCAUGCGUGAAUGGUGACAUGACGUUUCCUCUGCUAAAGAAGUUUGCCGCAAAGUUUGCUGAUGUUGUUUGCCCAGAUGGUCAGGGGACUUGCCCCACUGAUAGCACAUGCUGCAAGCUGGCUUCGGGAAAAUAUGGAUGCUGCCCACUGCCCAGUGCAACAUGUUGUGACGAUCAUAUCCAUUGUUGUCCAAAUGGGUACACAUGUGACACGGCUCAAUCCACAUGUAACAAGGGUGCUCUGUUUGUUCCAAUGGCCAAGAAAAUCCCUGCAGAGUCUGUUGUGCCUGAAAAACUACUGGGCAGCAAAAUCCUUUGUCCUGACAGGGAGACUGUAUGUGAUGAGGGCAGUACAUGCUGUAUGUUAAAAUCCGGUGACUAUGGUUGCUGUCCCUUAAAAAAAGCACUCUGUUGCACUGAUCAGGAACAUUGCUGCCCAGAGGGUUAUCACUGUGACGUAAAAACAAAACAAUGCCUGCCGGCUCCUUCGCCAAUGUUGAAGCAUAGCUCAUCAGUUAGUGUGGUGAUUUGCCCGAACAAACAAACCUGUCCUGAUGGCAAUACCUGCUGUCGUUUAGCCUCGGGUGACUACGGAUGCUGCCCGCGUCCGAAAGCUGUCUGUUGCCCUGACCUUACCCAUUGUUGCCCAAAUGGUUACACCUGUAACCUUAAGGCUGGUUCUUGUACCCAGGGGGCACUGUCCUUGCCUUGGUUGGAAAAAACAAAAGCUACGGUUAAAAAUGUUGUCUGUCCAGAUGGAACUUCUAUGUGUUCAACCAAUUACACGUGCUGUAAACUUGCAUCUGGUCAGUACGGAUGUUGCCCGCUUCCACGUGCCACGUGUUGUUCUGAUCAAAUACACUGUUGCCCAGAGGGUUACACUUGCGAUCCAUCUUAUGGGAACUGCCUGAAAGGAACUUCUUCAAUUCCAUGGAUGAUAAAAACAUCUGGUAUAAAACAAGUCAAACGUGUAAUUUGUCCAGAUGGUUCAUCAUCUUGCCCAAAUGGUAACACAUGCUGUAAAUUAGCAUCAGGUCAAUAUGGAUGUUGCCCAAUGCCACAAGCUACAUGUUGUUCUGAUCACACCCACUGUUGCCCCGAGGGUUACACGUGUCAACCGUCCAAAGGCACCUGCUCGAAGGGAACUGUUUCAAUUCCAUGGGUCAAAAAAACGACUGGCAUCAAACAACUCAAAAAUGUGAUUUCGACUAAGAUGAGACGGUGUCCUGAUGGUGAGAUUUGUAAACAAGACCUCUCCACUUGCUGCAAAGGGAAAAUGGGUGGAUACCUAUGUUGCCGAUAUGAGAAUGCUACCUGUUGUCCUGAUGGUAUUCAUUGCUGCCCAAAAGGAAAGACGUGCCAUAACCUGCCAAGUGGGAACCUCGUCUGUCUACCGAUGUCUCUCAAGAAAGUUGGAGAUGUGUCUCCUGUAAAGGCCAGGGCUGGAUACAUUAUGUGCCCUGGGAAAGUGUACCAAUGUCCUGAAAGAAACACCUGCUGUAAGACUGCCACCGGAGCCUACUCUUGCUGCCCCCUACCCCACGCCACCUGCUGCUCUGAUUACCUUCACUGUUGCCCAACUGGCUACACUUGCGUUGGAAAGGGACAGUGUCAGAAGGAAGGCAAAGAGACAAUCGCAUCAGUGAAAAAAAGGCCUGCCCUGAGUAUAGGUCACCAAGACAUGCAAGAACCACCGAGUGAAUUGCUUCAAACAGUGCCAAAAGAAAAAACAACAUUGGUCAACAGUGUUGUUUGUCCAGAUGGAGCGUCACAAUGUCCCAGUGGUAAUACAUGUUGUAAAUUGCCAUCUGGUCAGUACGGAUGUUGCCCCAUGCCCCAGGCUGUCUGUUGCUCUGAUCACGUGCACUGUUGUCCAAGUGGUUAUAGUUGUGACGUAUCAGCUGGCACCUGCAGUAAGGGAGCCUCCAUGUUGAAAUGGCUUCAAAAAUCCCCUGCCAUACCCAUCCCGGUCAAUGGUGUUGUUUGCCCAGAUGGAGCAUCGCAAUGUCCCAGUGGUAACACAUGUUGUAAAUUGGCAUCUGGUCAGUACGGAUGUUGCCCCAUGCCCCAGGCUGUCUGUUGCUCUGAUCAUGUCCACUGUUGUCCAAGUGGUUAUAGUUGUGAUGUAUCAGCUGGCACCUGCAGUAAGGGUGCCUCUACUUUGAAAUGGCUUCAAAAAUCCCCUGCUUCACCCAUCCCGGUCAAUGGUGUUGUUUGCCCUGAUGGAGCAUCGCAAUGUCCCAGUGGUAACACAUGUUGUAAAUUGGCAUCUGGUCAGUACGGAUGUUGCCCCCUGCCCCAGGCUGUCUGUUGCUCUGAUCACGUCCACUGUUGUCCAAGUGGUUAUAGUUGCGAUGUAUCAGCUGGCACCUGCAGUAAGGGUGCCUCUACUUUGAAAUGGCUUCAAAAAUCCCCUGCUUCACCCAUCCCGGUCAGUGGUGUUGUUUGCCCAGAUGGAGCAUCGCAAUGUCCCAGUGGUAACACAUGUUGUAAAUUGGCAUCUGGUCAGUACGGAUGUUGCCCCCUGCCCCAGGCUGUCUGUUGCUCUGAUCACGUCCACUGUUGUCCAAAUGGUUAUAGUUGCGAUGUUUCAUCAGGGAAAUGUAACAAAGGUUUGGAGUCCAUUCCUUGGGUUGAGAAAGUAUCUGCCAAAUCUGUUGGUCGGUCAGCUUUAGCUAAAGUUUUAACAAAUGUUUCUGUUCAAAGUGUAAUUUGUCCUGAUAAACAAGGCACCUGUCCAGAUGGCAAUACAUGCUGUCUCCUAGCAUCUGGUAAGUAUGGGUGUUGCCCGCUUCCCCAGGCGACCUGCUGUUCUGACCACACUCACUGUUGUCCACAUGGCACAACCUGUGAUACGGCAGCGGGUACCUGUAACCAGGGAGAUCUGUCAUUGCCAUGGUAUGAAAAAAAACCCACCACACCCACAAAUGGUGUUGUUUGCCCCGACGGGGCAUCACAAUGUCCCGAUGGUAACACAUGUUGUAAAUUAGCAUCUGGUCAGUACGGAUGUUGCCCCCUGCCCCAGGCUGUCUGUUGCUCUGAUCACGUCCACUGUUGUCCAAGUGGUUAUAGUUGCGAUGUAUCAGCUGGCACCUGCAGUAAGGGUGCCUCUACUUUGAAAUGGCUUCAAAAAUCCCCUGCUUCACCUAUCCCGGUCAAUGGUGUUGUUUGCCCAGAUGGAGCAUCGCAAUGUCCCAGUGGUAACACAUGUUGUAAAUUGGCAUCUGGUCAAUACGGAUGUUGCCCCAUGCCCCAGGCUGUCUGUUGCUCUGAUCACGUCCACUGUUGUCCAAGUGGUUAUAGUUGCGACGUAUCAGCUGGCACCUGCAGUAAGGGAGCCUCCAUGUUGAAAUGGCUUCAAAAAUCCCCUGCCACACCCAUCCCGGUCAAUGGUGUUGUUUGCCCAGAUGGAGCAUCGCAAUGUCCCAGUGGUAACACAUGCUGUAAGUUGGCAUCUGGUCAGUACGGAUGUUGCCCCCUGCCCCAGGCUGUCUGUUGCUCUGAUCACGUCCACUGUUGUCCAAGUGGUUAUAGUUGUGAUGUAUCAGCUGGCACCUGCAGUAAGGGUGCCUCUACUUUGAAAUGGCUUCAAAAAUCCCCUGCUUCACCCAUCCCGGUCAAUGGUGUUGUUUGCCCAGAUGGAGCAUCACAAUGUCCCAGUGGUAAUACAUGUUGUAAAUUGGCAUCUGGUCAAUACGGAUGUUGCCCCAUGCCCCAGGCUGUCUGUUGCUCUGAUCAUGUCCACUGUUGUCCAAGUGGUUAUAGUUGCGAUGUAUCAGCUGGCACCUGCAGUAAGGGUGCCUCUACUUUGAAAUGGCUUCAAAAAUCCCCUGCUUCACCCAUCCCGGUCAAUGGUGUUGUUUGCCCAGAUGGAGCAUCGCAAUGUCCCAGUGGUAACACAUGUUGUAAAUUGGCAUCUGGUCAGUACGGAUGUUGCCCCAUGCCCCAGGCUGUCUGUUGCUCUGAUCACGUCCACUGUUGUCCAAGUGGUUAUAGUUGCGAUGUAUCAGCUGGCACCUGCAGUAAGGGUGCCUCUACUUUGAAAUGGCUUCAAAAAUCCCCUGCUUCACCCAUCCCGGUCAGUGGUGUUGUUUGCCCAGAUGGAGCAUCGCAAUGUCCCAGUGGUAACACAUGUUGUAAAUUGGCAUCUGGUCAGUACGGAUGUUGCCCCCUGCCCCAGGCUGUCUGUUGCUCUGAUCACGUCCACUGUUGUCCAAAUGGUUAUAGUUGCGAUGUUUCAUCAGGGAAAUGUAACAAAGGUUUGGAGUCCAUUCCUUGGGUUGAGAAAGUAUCUGCCAAAUCUGUUGGUCGGUCAGCUUUAGCUAAAGUUUUAACAAAUGUUUCUGUUCAAAGUGUAAUUUGUCCUGAUAAACAAGGCACCUGUCCAGAUGGCAAUACAUGCUGUCUCCUAGCAUCUGGUAAGUAUGGGUGUUGCCCGCUUCCCCAGGCGACCUGCUGUUCUGACCACACUCACUGUUGUCCACAUGGCACAACCUGUGAUACGGCAGCGGGUACCUGUAACCAGGGAGAUCUGUCAUUGCCAUGGUAUGAAAAAAAACCCACCACACCCACAAAUGGUGUUGUUUGCCCCGACGGGGCAUCACAAUGUCCCGAUGGUAACACAUGUUGUAAAUUAGCAUCUGGUCAGUACGGAUGUUGCCCCCUGCCCCAGGCUGUCUGUUGCUCCGAUCAAGUCCACUGUUGUCCGAGUGGCUAUAGUUGCGAUGUAUCAGCUGGCACCUGCAGUAAGGGUGCCUCUACUUUGAAAUGGCUUCAAAAAUCCCCUGCUUCACCUAUCCCGGUCAAUGGUGUUGUUUGCCCAGAUGGAGCAUCGCAAUGUCCCAGUGGUAACACAUGUUGUAAAUUGGCAUCUGGUCAAUACGGAUGUUGCCCCAUGCCCCAGGCUGUCUGUUGCUCUGAUCACGUCCACUGUUGUCCAAGUGGUUAUAGUUGCGACGUAUCAGCUGGCACCUGCAGUAAGGGAGCCUCCAUGUUGAAAUGGCUUCAAAAAUCCCCUGCCACACCCAUCCCGGUCAAUGGUGUUGUUUGCCCAGAUGGAGCAUCGCAAUGUCCCAGUGGUAACACAUGUUGUAAAUUGGCAUCUGGUCAGUACGGAUGUUGCCCCAUGCCCCAGGCUGUCUGUUGCUCUGAUCACCUCCACUGUUGUCCAAGUGGUUAUAGUUGCGACGUAUCAGCUGGCACCUGCAGUAAGGGUGCCUCUACUUUAAAAUGGCUUCAAAAAUCCCCUGCUUCACCUAUCCCGGUCAAUGGAGUUGUUUGCCCAGAUGGAGCAUCGCAAUGUCCCAGUGGUAACACAUGUUGUAAAUUGGCAUCUGGUCAGUACGGAUGUUGCCCCCUGUCCCAGGCUGUCUGUUGCUCUGAUCACGUCCACUGUUGUCCAAGUGGUUAUAGUUGCGAUGUAUCAGCUGGCACCUGCAGUAAGGGUGCCUCUACUUUGAAAUGGCUUCAAAAAUCCCCUGCUUCACCUAUCCCGGUCAAUGGUGUUGUUUGCCCAGAUGGAGUGUCACAAUGUCCCAGUGGUAACACUUGUUGUAAACUGACAUCUGGUCAAUACGGAUGUUGCCCCCUGCCCCAGGCUGUCUGUUGCUCUGAUCACAUCCACUGUUGUCCAAGUGGUUAUAGUUGCGAUGUAUCAGCUAGCACCUGCAGUAAGGGUGCCUCUACUUUGAAAUGGCUUCAAAAAUCCCCUGCUUCACCUAUCCCGGUCAAUGGUGUUGUUUGCCCAGAUGGAGCAUCGCAAUGUCCCAGUAGUAACACAUGUUGUAAAUUGGCAUCUGGUCAGUACGGAUGUUGCCCCCUGCCCCAGGCUGUCUGUUGCUCUGAUCACGUCCACUGUUGUCCAAAUGGUUAUAGUUGCGAUGUUUCGUCAGGGAAAUGUAACAAAGGUUUGGAGUCCAUUCCUUGGCUUGAGAAAGUAUCUGCCAAAUCUGUUGGUCGGUCAGCUUUAGCUAAAGUUUUAACAAAUGUUUCUGUUCAAAGUGUAAUUUGUCCUGAUAAACAAGGCACCUGUCCAGAUGGCAAUACAUGCUGUCUCCUAGCAUCUGGUAAAUAUGGCUGUUGCCCGCUUCCCCAGGCGACCUGCUGUUCUGACCAUACUCACUGUUGUCCACAUGGCACAACCUGUGAUACGGCAGCGGGUACCUGUAACCAGGGAGAUCUGUCAUUGCCAUGGUAUGAAAAAAUAGCUACCACACCCACAAAUGGUGUUGUUUGCCCCGACGGGGCAUCACAAUGUCCCGAUGGUAACACAUGUUGUAAAUUAGCAUCUGGUCAGUACGGAUGUUGCCCCAUGCCCCAGGCUGUCUGUUGCUCCGAUCACGUCCACUGUUGUCCAAGUGGUUAUAGUUGCGACGUAUCAGCUGGCACCUGCAGUAAGGGAGCCUCCAUGUUGAAAUGGCUUCAAAAAUCCCCUGCUUCACCUAUCCCGGUCAAUGGUGUUGUUUGCCCAGAUGGAGCAUCGCAAUGUCCCAGUGGUAACACAUGUUGUAAAUUGGCAUCUGGUCAGUACGGAUGUUGCCCCCUGCCCCAGGCUGUCUGUUGUUCUGAUCACGUCCACUGUUGUCCGAGUGGCUAUAGUUGCGAUGUAUCAGCUGGCACCUGCAGUAAGGGUGCCUCUACUUUGAAAUGGCUUCAAAAAUCCCCUGCUUCACCUAUCCCGGUCAAUGGUGUUGUUUGCCCAGAUGGAGCAUCGCAAUGUCCCAGUGGUAACACAUGUUGUAAAUUGGCAUCUGGUCAGUACGGAUGUUGCCCCAUGCCCCAGGCUGUCUGUUGCUCUGAUCACGUCCACUGUUGUCCAAGUGGUUAUAGUUGCGACGUAUCAGCUGGCACCUGCAGUAAGGGUGCCUCUACUUUAAAAUGGCUUCAAAAAUCCCCUGCUUCACCUAUCCCGGUCAAUGGAGUUGUUUGCCCAGAUGGAGCAUCGCAAUGUCCCAGUGGUAACACAUGUUGUAAAUUGGCAUCUGGUCAGUACGGAUGUUGCCCCCUGCCCCAGGCUGUCUGUUGCUCUGAUCACGUCCACUGUUGUCCAAAUGGUUAUAGUUGCGAUGUUUCGUCAGGGAAAUGUAACAAAGGUUUGGAGUCCAUUCCUUGGCUUGAGAAAGUAUCUGCCAAAUCUGUUGGUCGGUCAGCUUUAGCUAAAGUUUUAACAAAUGUUUCUGUUCAAAGUGUAAUUUGUCCUGAUAAACAAGGCACCUGUCCAGAUGGCAAUACAUGCUGUCUCCUAGCAUCUGGUAAAUAUGGGUGUUGCCCGCUUCCCCAGGCGACCUGCUGUUCUGACCACACCCACUGUUGUCCACAUGGCACAACCUGUGAUACGGCAGCGGGUACCUGUAACCAGGGAGAUCUGUCAAUGCCAUGGUAUGAAAAGUCACCAGCCACACCUGUAAACUACGUUCCUUGUCCAGAUGGAGUUUCUAAAUGUCCCGAUUCUUUCACAUGUUGUGAAUUAGCAACUGGUCAAUACGGAUGUUGCCCCGUGCCUGAGGCUGUCUGUUGCUCUGGUAAAAUCCUUUGUUGCCCAAGAGGUUAUACCUGUGAUGAGUCAACAGGCACAUGCCGUGAAAAUGGAGCUUUAUCAUUGCCCUGGUUAAAUAGGAUUGCAGCUAUGAAAAAAACAGGAGCAGCAUCACUAUCUGCAGUUAUUUGUCCUGACGGUGAGUCAGAAUGCCCUGACGGAAACACAUGUUGCCCAAUGUCUGGAGGCACUUAUGGAUGCUGUCCUCUCCCAAUGGCGGUCUGUUGUUCUGACAAGGUGCAUUGUUGCCCCAAAGGAUACACGUGUGAUGCUGGUUCAGAAACGUGUUUCAAGGAUGGAAAGAUCAUCACUUUGUUCACGAAGACUGAAUCUAAGGUGAAGAGUGUCAUUUGCCCUGGUGGUGGUGCAACAUGUCCUGAUAACAACACGUGCUGUAAACUUGCAUCUGGUCAGUACGGCUGUUGCCCACUUCCAAGUGCCACGUGUUGUUCUGACCACACUCACUGUUGCCCAGAGGGUUACACGUGUCACCCAUCAGAAGGGACGUGUUCAAAGUCUCCAAUCUCUCUCCCCUGGCUAACACAUGAACUAGCUGUCGGCAGCAUAAUAUGUCCAGACAAAAAAGGCACCUGCCCUGAUGGUAAUACAUGCUGUCUCCUAGCAUCUGGUAAAUAUGGCUGUUGCCCGCUUCCCCAGGCGACCUGCUGUUCUGACCACACUCACUGUUGUCCACAUGGCACAACAUGUGAUACAGCUGCAGGUACAUGUAACCAAGGAACACUUUUAUUGCCAUGGUUAGAAAAAAUAACUACCACACCCCCAAAUGGUGUGGUUUGCCCCGACGGGGCAUCACAAUGUCCCAAUGGUAACACAUGUUGUAAAUUAGCAUCUGGUCAGUACGGAUGUUGCCCCCUGCCCCAGGCUGUCUGUUGUUCAGAUCACGUCCACUGUUGUCCAAAUGGUUACAGUUGUGAUGUUUCGUCGGGAAGAUGUAACAAAAGCUUUCAGUCCAUUCCUUGGGUUAAAAAAUCUUUUGCAAAGAAUAUACAUUAUUUGCCAUGAGGUCCUCGUUUCUUAAUUAGAAUGAUUAAGUGAAGGAGUUCUGGUCCAAAUUUGAUUGUGAUAUCAGAAGAGAAUGCACAUGCGGUACACGUACUUGGUUGUAUAUGUCUGUGAUACGCAAGUUUUCUUAGUGUCACGCACCUAUUUCUAUUCUGCACACAGGGAGAAUAUUAUAACAGUUCAAAAAAUGUCAUCAGCACGAUAAAAAUGCACCGAAAGGACAACAGUGUUGUGUCUCAUGGGUUUUUCUCAAAGUGUGCGUUCUUUAUUUGUUUAUAAACCGAUUGUUCCAUUUGUUCCACAUGUGCUACUUUUGUUAAUUGUCAAAAUAACUGUAUUGUUUUCCCAAUUUCCAAACAAAUCUUGAAGCUGAUAUCAUUUUGUGCCAUUAUAACAUUAUAUAUGUGAAGUUAUUUUCAUGUUUUUGUAUACAGCUGCGUUAAUUGAUAUUUUGAUGGACUUAUUUUAAACCUUUAUCUACAAAUCGCCCUAUUUUUCCUGUUGUAUUACAUCAUUCUAUUCCUAAGCAAUCCUGAAUCCUGAUUACACAUGGCACCAUGUGUAAAAUCAGUCAAAAUGUGAACAAAGGUUAUGCUCACUCAUUGCUCAUUUUCGCCCUAUAGUUAAAAGUAAACUUAUAUCAAACCUAGUAAAUUCCCAUGUACAUAAUCGAAAACAAGGUGCUAAUAUUGGUUUUUAAAGAGGUAUGGAUUUAUUUUGAUAUAAUUAGCAGUUUAGUUGCUAGUAGCAUUGAAUCGCCAAAGAAUUUCCUCCGAGCAUUCCUGUACGCGUGCAAUAAUUGCUUCUCUUGUAAAAACUUACUUAUGAGUGUAAUGUAAUUGUAGAAAAAAUGUGAAUAAAUUGUUGUAAUUUCUA